AUGAAGUCCAUGAAGCCCAGCUCCUCCUCCGUCGCCGUCGAAAUGGACAGCAGAAUAUGGCGUAAUCUCCCUCCCGGCCUCGUCGACCGCAUCCUCGCCCUUCUCCCCCCACCCGAAUUCUUCCGUUUUCGAGCCGUCUGCAAACGCUGGUACUCUCUCCUCUUUUCCGACAGCUUUCUUGAAGCCAAUCUCCGCCUCGCCCCCCGCCGCCCCUGGUUCGCCUUCUUCCUCCUCCCUUCUUCAACCAAGCCUUCAUCUUCUACCAAUCCUCCUCCUCCCGCACUUCUCCUCGAUCCCACCACCAAACUCUGGCUCCGCCUGCCGCUCUGUUCCUUCCUUCCACCCGGAUUCUCCCCCGCUGCCUCCGACUCCGGCAUACUCUGCUUCAUCUCCGACUCCCCUGGUCCCAAAACUAUCCUUCUCUCCAAUCCUCUCUCCAAACUUGUAGCCCACCUCCCCCCCACUCCCCACCCUCGCCUCUACCCUUCCGUCGGCCUCACUGCCGGGCCUUCCUCCCUCUCCCUCAUCCUCGCCGGCGAUGACCUUAUCUCCCCUUACGCCGUCAAAAACCUCACCGCUGAAUGCUUCCACGCCGACGGGGCCACCGGCUUCUACUCCCCGUGGUCAACUGUCAGUCAACUCCCUCGCCUCUGCAGCCCCGACCCAGCUCGCCUAGUCUUCUCACAAAACACAUUCUACUGCAUGAGCUCCGCUCCCUUCGCCAUCCUCUCCUACGACGUGGCCGCUAAUAACUGGUCCAAAAUCCAGGCUCCCAUGCGACGUUUUCUCCGUUCCCCCAGCCUCGCAUUGCGCGGCGGAUCGCCGCAGUCCGUACUCAUAAUCGCCGCCGUAGAGAAGAACAAGCUCAGCGUUCCGCGUAGCGUCAGGGUGUGGUCGCUGCAGCCCUGCUCCAAGGCUUGGACGGAAACAGAGCGCAUGCCGCCGGAGAUAUACUCCCAGUUCAGUGAGGCUGAAGGUGGCCGAGGGUUCGAGUGCGUCAGUCAUGGAGAUAUUCUCGCAAUCACGAUCAAAGGUUCUACGGAAAUCAUUCUUUUCGACUUCAUAACCAAGGAGUGGAGAUGGGCGCCGCCGUGCCCUUUUACCGGCGGCGAAAGUGGCGGCCGAGAGUUCAGAGGAUUUGCAUACGAGCCGAGGUUGGCGACGCCUGCUGUGGGAUUGAUCGACUCGUCUUCUCUCUCAUUCCAAUGA